AUGAUGGAGAGGAUAAGAAAGGAGAUGAUAUUGAUGGAGAGGGGUCUGCAGAGCCCCGUGGCGGGGAAGCGGCUCUCGGACGCGGCUGGGAAUAACUCGGUGCUGGAGGCCCUGGAGAACUCCCCGCACAGCGGCCGGCUGAGUCCGAGGAUCACCUCCGCCUCGCUCCAUGGCGGCCUGGGCGACAUUCCCGCCAAAGGCAAGUUUGAAAUCGACAGCCUGUUCGGGGGCCACCACGGCGGCGAGAACGCGUCCGCGGCGGACAUCUCGUCCUCGGACGGCAGGAAGAAGAUGAGCCUGUACGCCGACGCGUCGCAGGACUCGGACAUGAACAGCGACGUGGAGGUGGGCUGCCCGGCGCACCGCUCGCCGAGCCAGCACAAGGAGAACAACAAAGGGUUUUCAGACGGGGCCAAUUCCGGGACCUCCAACGCCGGCUCGACCUCCCUCUCCGGCGUGAACGGCAACUCCAUGGGGUCGAACAAUUCCAACGCCGACCAGGUGCGGAGGUACCGGACCGCGUUCACCCGGGAGCAGAUCGGCAGGCUGGAGAAGGAGUUUUACAGGGAAAACUACGUGUCGAGGCCGAGGAGGUGCGAACUGGCUGCAGCGCUCAACCUCCCCGAGACUACCAUCAAGGUGUGGUUCCAGAACAGACGGAUGAAGGAUAAAAGGCAACGUUUGGCGAUGUCGUGGCCCCAUCCCGCGGACCCCAGCUUCUACACCUACAUGAUGACGCACGCGGCGGCUACCGGAAGUCUGCCGUACCCUUUCCACUCGCACAUGCCUCUGCACUACUACCCGCACGUCGGCGUCACGGCCGCCGCCGCCGCCGCCGCCGCCACGGGCGCCGCCUCGUCCCCUUUCGCCACCUCCAUCCGGCCCCUCGACACCUUCCGAGCCCUCUCCCACCCCUACUCCCGACCCGAGCUCCUGUGCAGCUUCAGGCACCCGGGACUCUACCAGUCGCCCGCGGGCCUCAACAGCUCGGCGGCGGCGGCGUCCGCGGCGGCGGCGGCGGCGGCGGCGGCGGCGGCCGUCAGCGCGCCGUCGGCCGCGGGGCCGUGCUCGUGCCUGAGCUGCCACAGCAGCCAGGCGGCCAGCGCGCUGGGCUCCAGGAGCGCGGGCGCCGACUUCACCUGCACGGCGUCGGGGCAAAGGUCCGAGAGCGGCUUCCUGCCUUACUCCGCCGCCGUCCUCAGCAAGACCUCCGUCCCGUCGCCGGACCAGCGGGAAGAGAGCUCGCUUAACAGAUAA